GCGCCUUAGUGCCGAAGUAGGGUGUCCGUUCGUGUCCACCGGCCAGCCAUGAAAAUUCUGGCGGGCACCAUGAUGUUCACCGGAGCCCACGGCGCGCACGCCAAGAAGCGGAGCAGCAGCACGUCGGGCCACAGCGGGGGCGGCGGAGGCGGGUCCGGGUACAGCAGUUCCGGGUACGGGUCCGCCUACGGGUCCGCCUACGGCUCCGGGCUGCAUCGGACCACCGAGUACCGCGGCAACCACAGCUACCGCCACGCCGUCUACCAGGAGGUCAAACCGCGACCGUUGCCACGGCCAGUGGUGGUGCACAAGCCUUUGGCCGCGCCCGAGGAGGAUGGGGUGGACGACGUGCGCGGCCGAGCCAUCCGGGGCCGCCGGGGUGCCAUCCGCCACCACAAGGUCCACGAAGUCAAGGGCCACCGCUUCGUCGCCAAGUUUUUCCGACAACCUACAUUCUGCGCCUUUUGCAAAGAAUUCCUAUGGGGCUUCGGGAAGCAAGGUUACCAGUGCCAAUCCUGCCAGACGGCCGUGCACAAGAAGUGCCACGACAAGAUCCUGGGCAAGUGCCCCGGUUCGGGGCGGGACUCCGAGAGCACCAUUUACUUACGGGAGCGUUUCAAGAUAGACGUCCCCCACCGAUUCAAGGGGCACAACUUCAUGUCUCCCACCUUCUGUGAUCACUGUGGAUCUCUCCUCUAUGGACUAUUCCGGCAAGGGCUGAAGUGCGAAGACUGUGACGUCAAUUGUCACAGAAAGUGUGAGAAACUGAUGCCCAACCUGUGCGGAGUCAACCAGAAGCUGAUCGUGGAAGCUCUGCUUUCGGUGAAAAACAAACCCCCGGAGCCCCGCGACCCGGGCUCGCCGACGCGGACCCCGGCCCAGAACCCCGCGCUGCGGCUGGACGGCGCCGAGAGCCCCCACAGCACGUCGAGCCUGCAGGGCCAGCAGGGCCAGCAGGGCAGGGCGCCGCGCACCGGCGGCAGGAUCACGCCCCCCGCCACCACCAUCCCCCGCUUCCGGAAGUACGCCGUGGAGGACUUCCAGUUCCUCAAGGUGCUCGGCAAGGGCAGCUUCGGCAAGGUGCUGCUGGCGCAGCUCACCAACACGGAGUGCUACUACGCCGUCAAGUGCCUCAAGAAGGACGUGGUCCUAGAGGACGACGACGUCGAGUGCACCCUGAUCGAGCGGAAGGUCCUCGCCCUCGGCACCAAGCACCCCUACCUGUGCCACCUGUUCUGCACCUUCCAGACUGAGUCGCACCUGUUCUUCGUCAUGGAGUACCUCAACGGCGGCGACCUCAUGUUCCACAUCCAGCAGAGCGGCCGCUUCGAGGAGAGGCGGGCGUGCUUCUACGCGGCCGAGAUCGUCUCGGGGCUGCGAUUCCUGCACAAGAAGGGCAUCGUCUACAGGGACCUGAAGCUCGACAACAUCCUGCUGGACUUCGACGGGCACGUCAGGAUCGCCGACUUCGGCAUGUGCAAGCUGCAGAUCUACUUGGACCGGACGGCGGACACGUUCUGCGGCACCCCCGACUACAUGGCCCCUGAGAUCAUCAAGGGCCAGAAGUACAACCAGUGUGUGGACUGGUGGUCGUUCGGCGUGCUGCUGUACGAGAUGCUGAUUGGGCAGUCGCCCUUCUCCGGCCUGGACGAGGAGGACCUCUUCUGGUCCAUCUGCAACGAGCAGGCCCACUACCCCAGGUUCCUCUCCGUCGAGGCGCGCGACGUCCUCGUCCUGCUUCUGGAAAAGGACCAGACGAAGCGGUUAGGGACGCCGGAGUGCACGGCGGGCGACGUCUGCCACCAACCCUUCUUCCGCUCCAUCGACUGGCUGUCUCUGGAGAGGCGGCAGCUGGACCCGCCCUUCAAGCCCAGACUGCAACACCCGUUGGACGUGCAGUACUUUGACCGCACCUUCACCAACGAGCGCGCGCAGCUGACCCCGAUCGACGAGGCCAUCCUGCACUCCAUGGACCAGACGCAGUUCCAGGGCUUCAGCUACACCAACCCCAACGCCACGGACUGAGCCAGUGACCCUGAUCCCAUCGGACACGGCCUCUGGCUGCCUGGCCGCAGGCAGAGCGAACUCUUCCAGUGACGCUCCAGUCUGCGUUUGCACGACUACACUGCAUCAGCGCGAAGCACAGGCUUCCCGAGGCAGAGGCUUCCCGAAGCAGUGCCCGGACGGUUUGGACAGCUCGUGACCAAAGUCGUGUUGCCACAGCAGUAUCCCUUCCGGUUUGUCGGGAGUUGUUUUUACCUCAGCGAGAGACCAGUGUAGGUGCACCGGACGGCAGGGGAGGUCAUUCUUCCUUUGUGUUGGAUUCGCAGCUAUAAACUCCCUUCUCGUGUGCACGGGACCCUCUUCGUUCGAAAAUAAUCAUAAUGAUUCAAAGUUUGAAUGAAAUAGAUUGUAGUUGAUGCGGUGUUGUCCCCCACCGUGUUGUUAGUCAGACGCGAUGUAAGCGAACGGCUGCUACUCAACAUACACUGUAUGGUCGGGAGUCUGUUCGAAAUGCUUGAAUGAUGUUAAAUGGAGUGUGCUCUGUCAGAUAAUAAUCCUAGUCAUUUUGAUCUUAAAUUUUUAGAGUGAAUAGAGUGAAAGUGGUGUGCUUCUGCAUGACUAGAUUUGUUGUACAAAGGAUAUAUUUUGAGUGAAGAUGUUUGUGUUUUCGCAAGGGACUAGUGUGUGUGUGUGUGUGUGUACAUCUCAUCUUUGUGCUGAAACUUUUGAAACUAGAUCACUGAAACGUUGAACUAGUGACAUUACCCAGUGUUUAUUUCCUUGUAAAUCUAAGGUCAGAACAUUCACCGCCGGACAAUACUGUGUAAGAAGAUUACAACUCAUUUUACAUUUUCUCAUUUACCUAAAUACCCCAUGACCUUUUGGAGAGACUGUUUCGGGGUCUCCAGGGGUCUUCAAAGUGAUUGUGAUCUUGCAUGUCUCUCUUAGCGCCCCAGUUGCCAUUCGUCCUGUUUAGCUAGUUUGAUGUGUUCUCGCCCGAGCCUGGCAAGAAAAACAGCCGCGCGACUCAAGGUUUCGUUUUUUCCUUGCCGACAUCAGCGUGCCUUGCUCCGUUUGAAACUAACUGUCGCGCUCUCCCCAAUGGACACGGGCAAUAUCUUCCCACGUGUUUAGACGUAAAUUUUCAUGUUAGUGAUAGCUAAAUGAUGUGUCCACACUGGACCAGCGUACUAUAAAUACUUUGUAUACUGUAAAACGAAAAAUGUUUAUUAAAGUUUAAGAGGCUAA